UCCAGUAAAAAGAUUGUCAACGAAGUUGCUUUGACACAACUCGUAUGAACUGAAAUCCUGAUAUGAGAAGAAGUCUAUAAUCCUGAACAUGUAUACUGGUUUUUAUUUUGAAAUAUGAGUUCCAAGACACAUUCCAAUUCAUUAUUGGCAGCCCUUACAGAAGUAGAUCUGAGAAACCCAUCGUUGGGGUUCUCGCAGAGUUUCACUGUUUUCAACCAACAGUCCUCUUCACCGGCAGUGAGCAAUAGUUCAACAAGAGCUUCUUCAUCAACAGAUGGAUCUAGUAGUGAAGAAGUUCAAGUGAUCAGCUCCAAUACAUCAGAUUCUUCAACCUCAUCAGCACCACAACUACACUUAGUCCUGUCACCUCAACAUCGUGAUCCUCAGACAUAUGACAGGAAAGAUACCAAAGCAAUUCCAAAGAAAGGUGCGUCACCAGGCAAUCAGAGUGCUCCAGGUUUCAGUCAGAAUCCUUGGAACGUGAAGAAACAUGAAGUCAAGCUCAGCAUUUUAAAGGCGGGAGGUGACAGCAACGUCCCUGCUGCAAUACUUGAGAAGACCGGUCGGUGCAUAACUGCAAUGAAUAGCUCCUCCCCGCAGAGUGGGGGUCGCGGAAGGGGGAGAGGCAGAGGCAGAGGCAGAGGGAGGGGCAGAGGGGACCAUGACAACCAAAGCAGUGGAAGGGGGCGGGGCCUUAGAGGCAAUGCAACAGGCUUGAAUAUGGCAGGGAGACAGCAACAGACAACUCCUGUUACAACAGGGCAAGCUCCUCAAGUACUCUCUAGGAAUUGGCGCUUUGCCGACAGAAUAUCAAGUAGCAAUUCAAGUGCCCAGUUGCCUGUCCAGGAGCAUACCAUCUCUAUGGUAACCGUACCACACACCACCCCUAUGGUCACGGUACCACACACCACAGCUGGCACCGCCAAUGCCACCAGCAACGUUGCAACCCACCUAUCCCAGAGUUGCAGCAACACGGCAAGCAGCUGUUCCACUGCCAUUCAAAUUGGCAAUAACUCUGCCGUAUCUUCCACCAAGUCAAUGGUAGCACAAUCCUCAGGCCUCGAAGACACUACACAGAGGAUGGAGGUUGGAGCGACGGAAAGCACAAAAGAAGAGAAUUUAAAUGCUGCAAAACCAGAGAAAGAAGAGUCUUCCGAAACGAAUGAUUCUAGUGAACCUUCUAGUCCUCCCAAAGAACCCAUGGAAGCUUUGUGCUCAAACUGUGGGGCAUGGUCUGGGACUGAUCAAUACUGUUCAUUUUGUAAUGUUGAUUUUGCAUCCAACAAGCCAAAGAAAACUCGCCCAAGAACUACUCAAUUUUUCCCUACUCCAAGACCAACCUACCGUAAAGAGGAUGCAAAGGGAUACAGAAAAUCAAUUAGGUUACCGGAACCUGCCAAAGAUUUAUUGUCAAAACUGAAUGCUGCAACAGGAACGACUUCACACGGGACAAGCACGGUAUCAAAUACUAGUACAGGAAACACACAGAGUGGAAAUGCACAAUCAGAUCUAAUAAGAGUAAAGUCACUGGCACAACCUGGAAUCUGUUUGAAACCACAUCCUACAAAUAAACAGAGAUUCAUCGUUGUGAACAGUGUACCAACUACAACAAAUGCCCCCUCGACGACAACCACAGGACACUCGAUUGAUGCAAAGACAUUCUAUGUGAAUAGGAUUGCAGCGGUCAGCUCAGCACCUGCUGCCAGUAUGGGAGGCAUUACUAAAAUGGUUGCCUUGACAAAGGAUGCUAAGGACAAUAGUAUCCCGAAAAGUAGGAAGAGAAAUUUGAAGUCAGGAGGAGGAAGGAAAACUCCUGCAAAGCGAGUCCCACCGAAGCGAAAGGAACCAGAAAUUGUUCUAAUAUCAGAUAGUGAAGAUGAGGAGGAAGAAAGUGCCAAACAAAAGUCUACCGAUGCAGCUGCUACAGAAGAUGCCACAGAAGCAGAUGAGGAGGAGUUAGCCAGGUCUUUCAUGACAGUGAAAGCCAAGAUGAGAGAUCAGAAAGGAAACUUAAUGGGAAGACCGGACACGCACGGUGGAAACGACUCUACCGAUGGUCACCAUCCUCAGCAGAGUGAUCCUAACUGUCUAAGGGUAGCCUUCAACGUCUCGAUCCUAAGGUUUGGGUCCUGGCCUAUGCAUACCAUAGGAACCAGGUUAAAACUGCCUGCCGUAUCGAUGACACCUGACGGCUUUCAUUUUCACUUUCAGCAAUUAACCCACAAAUGUGGUAAGAUUGAGCUUCUAAUUAAGGACAUAGAGAAAUGUGAUCAUUAUCUCAGUGACAAUGGCUACCCAACGUUCUUCAUCACGACCACGCCUCGCUUCGCCGGGGAAGUACGAUCCUGGCUCGCUAUGAACCGCAAGGAAGCGCACUUUGAUCCCGGAAGUAAAGAGGAGUAUGAGAAAAUGGUUGUGAUUCGUUCUGCGGAUGAGCGUAACCUCCAUUCCUACAAGGAGCAAGUCCAAAAGGUGCUGGCUGCCAUGGCUGAGAAGAGUAACAACUCGGGUAGUGGUUUGAAGUUUGAGCCCAUAGACAACACAAGGACCGGCGCCCUUCUUGACUCCUCCACGAGACCAGAAAUGAAAGGUGCCGUCUUCAUCACCAGGCCAAACAACGGCUCCCACGCCCCCACCACCCUCAAUUCCACUGACCGUCCAGUUUCCAUUACCAUGCAACAGCUCGCCAUGCUGAAAAGUGGUCAGGGUGGGGCGGCCUUGACCAGGGACACCAAAACCAGAGCAAGCUUGGAUGACCAGUCCGAUAAUAAAUUAUUUGUCUACCCGCCACCUCCAAAGUUUGGCGGAAUCACGGUGACGACAGAAGACAGAGACUGCCUUGAAGAAGGGGAAUUUCUGAAUGAUGUCAUCAUUGAUUUCUAUCUGAAGUACAUUGUCAUGGAGAAACUGAGCGACGUUGACCGGGAGAGGACGCACCUGUUCAGUUGCUUCUUCUACAAGCGGUUGCUGCAGAAGGACACGCCAGGCAACAUCUCACCGGACCUCAACGGCCUCACCCCUAAGGAGAAGCGACAUCAGAAAGUCAGGAAGUGGACUCGUCAUGUCGACAUCUUUGCCAAAGACUUCAUCAUAAUUCCCAUCAAUGACUGCGCUCAUUGGUUUGUUGCAAUCAUCUGUUUUGCUGGAGAAGUAAUCCAUAUGAAGAAAGGAAGUGGUAAGUCUCCAUCGCAAUCUCCCAGUCCGUCAUCAUCAAAUCAGCCAUCACCAGCAUCCGCUGCAUCGCCUGCCACGCCUUCUCCUGCCGCUCCCUCCCGAGCCACGCCCUCGCCAUCAGACCAGUCAGUCAAUCAUAGCUCACCGGGCAUACAGCCUUCAAAGUCGUCUGACCAACCAGCCAAUCACAGGACGCCGGGUGUCCAAUUGUCAUCAUCUUCACCACAACAAUCCAUCAAUCCUCACUUGGAGGCGGAGCUCCCCUCAAAGUCACCUUCAGGACAGACCGCACAGACAAUGCAUGACAGUAGCGAAUCGGCCAAUAGAAUGGCUGAGGCUGCGCAUGUCUGCCAGCAACCAGCCACUCAGGGAAGCGAUAGCACAAGGGAGGAAGAGGAGGAGGAGCCAAUGGACACUUCAGAGAGUCCUGAUGAAAGAGUGGACAAACAUGAAAGUGAAAGGACAGCACAAGAGCUGAAAAACACUGAAAACAAUCCUUCAAACAAUCCACUUAACAAGUCCUUAGGAAACAGUACAGAAACACUUAGUGCUUCAAACAAUACAGCAGCUUCAGAAAAGGUUAUACCAGAAAGUGCAAUAUCAUCAAGCCAAGCUGACCCAAGGUCACUCUCUUCCCCUGCGACCAUCCAGUCACACCCUUCCCCUGCAACCGUCCAGUCACACCCUUCCCCUCUGACCGUCCAGUCACCUGCGGUCAAUGGCGGGGCAUCCGGGGGAAGGCUCCUAGACUUUGAUUAUCAGCAAUAUCAUGUCGGAGAACACAAGCACUUCAAGCAACCAUGCAUCCUGGUGUUUGACUCAUUAGCCGGUCCACCAAGGAGAAACGUCAUCGCCAAGCUGAGAGACUACUUGACGAUAGAGUGGGAGAAGAGGAAAGAAGGGAAAUGUGAGUUCACUACUGCCAACAUGAAAGGCAUGAAUCCGAAGAUACCUCAACAAAACAACUUCAGUGACUGUGGGCUUUACGUCUGCCAAUAUGUAGAAACAUUCUUUGAGAAGCCUAUAAGGAACUACCACUCACCGAUGAGAGGGCUACAGAGCUGGUUCCGGGCGGAAGUUGUCGCCAAGAAGCGUCAGGAGACCCGUGACGCCAUCCAGCAGCUGCAUGAGGCUUACAAAGCCCGGAGGUGACAUGACUCCAAUGUUUCCUUGGCCUUUCGGGAACCAGGGAAAGUCGCCCCUACAUUACCAAAAAAUGGGGAACAAAACCAUUCGUAACAAAGCUGUCAGGCUUUUGUUCAUUGUUGAACACCUGUUACGCCAUCCAGGAGCUUCAUGAUGCAUACAAGCAAGGAGUGAGACAUGACUCUCAGAUACACGUCCUUUCAGGAACGAGAGAGAGUCGCCCCUUCAUUACCAAGAACCACUGGAAGUAACCCCUUGACGACCCCUUGAGAAAUAGCGAAACAAACCCCGUCAAAACCAAGAACCAGGUAAAGUAACCCCUCGAGAACUGGAGAACACCUAGAGAACCAAAGAUAUUUUCCUUUUGCAAUAUUUCUGCUUUGGGUACUGAUAGAGAUUCAGUGAAUGUGUUCUAUACUAUUUGUUUUCUAUGCGCAACUAGAGAGGUUUUGUCCGAUGAACACAAUUGGAUAAUCUGAGUUCCAAUUGUCAGAUGGAAAUCAUUAUAGGCUGAUAGAAUGUUGCAUAACGUAUUGAAGCUAAAACCUAAACACUUUGCGUUGGGGUUAGAAUAAUUUUUAGCCCUUUGCUCAAUUGACCUGUAAAUCUGACCACCCCUCCUUCAUAUUUGACCCAAUGUUGACCCAUUGCCUAUAGUAUAGUAUAUCAAGCCACAGUGUGAAAAGAAAAAUCAUUUGAGAAAAAGAUGGAAAAUGUAAGUAAGGUUGAAUACUAUUACAUUUCACAUGAUCUCUGAUUUCCAAUGUUGACCGGGACUGGUUUGCUAAGUCCAUAAAAAAUCAUUGUACUCAGUGACUCUGAUUUGUAUCAUUUGCAUUUCCUGAUAUUGAUUAAAGGUACUUUGUAACAUUUUAAAAUGUAUGGUUAUGAAUUUAUUUGAAUUGUAGAUUUCUGGGCUUACAGGUAAGAACCAAAAUAGUUAAGAGACAAUUGAUCCACACUUAGCUUAGCAUCAUAAAAACCUGUGUUCAUUUUCAUGUUCAUUAUGACAUAUAAUUACGAUGACUUUCAUGCAGUAUACAGUAUAAAUACAAACUGAAUCAUACCUUUUUAAUAUUCCAAAAUCGAAUAAUUAGGAAAAGUGUGCUUCAAGUUACAAUCUUUUUGUUCCUCUCUCUCUUAGAGGUCUAUUGAGAUGGGAAACACUUGAUUUGUGUUCCAUAAAGACUCCAGAUUCACAAUCAUAUAUGUUCAUAUGGUCUGAUUUUUUCUUUUAUUCACACUAGUGAGAAUAAGAGGUCUUUUUUUUUCAAAUAGAAAAGCUACUAGUGAUGCUUAGAGAUGUGCAGUAUUAGCUACAUGUACAGUACGUCCAGCAUGCAUAUAUCAUUUACAGGGUUAACAUAUGAAGGCUACGGGUAGAGAAUUUCGUGAAAGUAUAGGGAAUCUACGGGUGCUCUUUCAAGGCCCAAAAUGUUGAUGAAAAGAUGAGCAUUGCCUUGUUAAGUUGAGGAAUCACAAGUGUGGAUAGUACAGUGGAGACUUGUUAUAAAGAGCUCAAGAUAACUGAUAAAACAAGGUAUUUUUAAUGGUCUUGAUGUCCUUGUUAUAAUGAGUUUCCAUUGUAAUAGGUUGCUGAUGGAGUUCAGUGAGGGUCAGGAGGUCAUUGAAGGUCAUGGAAAGGUCAUAAGAAUCAUCGCAAUGUAUUCCUUAAUUGCUGAAUUUAGUGUUUGUUGUGAUUAAGUUUUAUAAACCACAUAUAGGUGUAAUAAUUAUUAAAAAAGGAAUAUUUCUUAAAAAUUAAUUUGAUGAGUUAUAAUAUAUUGAGAUUACUUGGAUGUUCCCCUUGUAACAUGGCAUCGAUGUCAUUCUAUUAAGACAAAUGUAUUCAGAUGUUAAAAUUCCUUGAAUUUGUUGCGUUCUACCUUUAUGAGGAAAAGUACAUGUAAACAUGAUAAUCUUAAUUUUGAU